AUGUCGGAGCGCAAUCGGCGGACGCGCCUGCAGCUCCCGGAAGAACGACCGCUGCUACAACGGAACCGUCCCAGUCACAGCUCCGAGAUUCAAGUCCCGCUCUACGGCUGCAUGACUAACCCUCACAGCCAUUUGCCGGUUUAUACGAAUAUUCACCGCAUCCGACGAGACAUCACCUCCAUUGUCGAAGAUUACCUGAGUUUGGAGCAGUUGCGUGAUGUGAGGAUCAACAUCGCCGUCGUUCGCCCGCUCGUCGACAAGCUGUAUGAGCUCGACGACAUAUCCAUUGUUUAUUGCUUGCUCGUCAACCGUGCUCAGUUUCUUUAUGAGCAGUCCCACUUGAACAACCGGCAGAAUGUCAACUACAGUCGCGCAGCUCUUUGCGAGCUGGUCGCAACGCGCAUACUGAGACGCUUCAGUGAAGAUAAUGAAGGACCCGAUGGUUUGGUUCUCCUAGCACACGUCUUGGUUGCUGGCUUUGAGCCCUUCCAGAUGGCACCGGCCGGAAUCCGCGAGGCAGCGUCAACCGAGUCUUACAGGAGCUAUAACCGCAUGCUUCCCUCGCUGGAGAUUGCCAUUCUGACUGAGAGCAAAUACUUUCUCAGUGCCACUCCUUGUCAGAAAGUCGUCGGCGCUAUUUACGAAGGUCGCAUCGUCUACACCCCUUCCAGCUUCAUGGAUAUCAUUCCGGAUCACUACAAGCUCAAGCCAAUUUCGCUCUAUAACCCCCGUGAGGGACCUCUGCUCGAUCAGUACCGGCUCCUUGUGCCCCGUACGCGGAACAUUCUAGAGGUUUUCCAGUUCUUGAUUCUGCUUGCUCUUUAUCUGUUCGUUAUGGCUGAGCGCAAGCCGGAGACCUUCACUGUUCUGGAGGGCUGCUUCGCCGUUUAUGCCUUUGGCUGGUCUCUCGACCAGUUUGCAACAAUUCUGGAGCACGGAUGGCACGUGUACACGCAAAACCUAUGGUCGUUCCUCGACGUAGGCUUCAUUGGCAUAUACAUCGUGUAUGCGGUUCUACGCAUCCACGGCGCUCGUGUCGGGGAGCUUGUCCCUAAACAACAGGCACUCGACGUCCUUGCGAUGGGUGCACCGGUGCUGGUUCCGCGGCUUGCCUUCAACUUGUUGUCGGACAAUCUCGUGUUCCUCUCGUUGCGCUCCAUGAUGUCAGAUUUCGUGCUCCUAACGUUCUUGUCGGCGUGGUGCUUUGGCGGGUUUCUACUGUCCCUUCUAUGGCUUGGUGAAGGCACCCAUCCUCCAGUUACUAUCAGCAAGUGGAUGCUUUGGAUUUGGUUCGGUCUCGACGGAACGGGGAUCAACGAAUCGGUCCAAUUCCAUCCAAUCCUGGGCCCUGUCCUGAUGGUGGCUUUUGCCUUCUUGGGCAAUACUCUGUUCCUCACUAUACUUGUCUCAAUGCUCUCCAACACCUUCAGCACUAUUGUUAAGAACGCGACUGCUGAAAUCCAGUUCCGGAAGGCCGUCUUGACACUGGAGGGAGUCAAGGGCGAUGCGAUCUUCGCAUACCAGCCCCCGUUCAACAUCCUGGCUGUGUUCGUCCUCAUCCCUCUCAAAUUCGUUCUCACCCCGCGAUGGUUUCAUAAGAUACAUGUGGCAAGCGUUCGGCUGGUCAACCUUCCACUGCUGCUCAUCAUCGCCGUCGCAGAACGCAGAAUCCUUUGGCCGCCGCCACAGCCAGAGAAGCCAAAGUCGAGCGGCCUGUCACUGUACCCGAGGGUCAAACAGUGGUUCUGGGAGAAGUGGCGCAUAACAGCGCACCGCGACAUAAGAGCCGUGUUCGACCUGCCGCCACCCGAGUCCGUGGAGGAGGAAAUUGCGGUAGACGAUGAACUCACCCACCACCUGAUUCGACGGCAGUUCACAAGGUCCAUUACGAACGAUACGAUGCGAAAGAAGUCGCCUCUUAGGAGAGAUUCGAUGUUCCCUGGUGUCUCGUCCAAGUUGCGCGGAUCGUUCACCGGCAGCGAGGACAUGCAUGACGUCGGCAGCAGGUUGGAGGCGCUCGAGCAAACGACACUGAGGAUUGAGAGUCUGUUGGCACGGAUGGUGGACUCAGGGGACUACUCGGACAACAACUUCGGCACAGGAGAGAGCGGCACUCUCCUUGGUGGAGAUGCGUCUUUGACCCAGUCGCCCAAAUAA